AGUCUCCUGAGCACUCAGACGCUUUCACACACUUGCAUACACCUUUUCACACACACAUUCACACACUGGUGGCAGGGGUUCAGUAUCUUGCACAACAUACAACCAGGGGAUUGAACCACCAACCUUCCUCUUGUAAUGUCUCCAUCUUGUGAUUCUUUCCGACAUGUUUGACACAGUCUUCACCUCGUCUUCUGUUGUCAACACUUCAGAAGAAGUUGAGGCACCGGGUGUCUGGUGGUAUUAUUAGAUAUCCUCUGUAGUUCAAGGAAACUGAGACACACUCACAGUUUAAUAUGUUAUUACCACUGAUGGAAAUGUGUUGAAAUAGAUCUCUGUGUGUGUGUGUGUGUGUGUGUGUGUGGGUGGGUGUGUGUGUGUGUGUGUGUGGGUGGGUGGCUGAUAAAGAAAGUGAGAGCUCUAAGAAGAAGUGGUGGGAUGUUAUAUGAUGAUGCGCUAAGAAAAUAAGUACUAACGGACUGACUGCAGCCACACAGCUCUCUGCAACAAACUGCCUCAACAAGUGAUCCAGGACUGUGUUUAGAGCAAAGAUGGACCCGUGACUGUGUCUGAAGGACACUUUAACAGCUUGUUGGAAUAACAUAACAACAAGUGCUGGUGUUCCUUGUAUGUAAAAUAUAUUUUGAAAAGGUUCUUACUAGCAAUGACGAGGCAGUGUGAAUGAGGUGAGCAGUCUCUUUUUCUCUCUUGUCUGAUGCAAUACAAGUUUGCACAACAUGUACAACGUAACAUAUUUUGAUGUUUCUGUUUGUAACUCUCUAAAGUACAAAGACACACUCAAUAAAAGAAGCUAAACAGCCAAAUUAAUAAAGAAUCAACUCAGACAAAUGAGUGAUUCAUAGCGGAGGGGUGAGGAUGAGUUCAGGAGUCAGUUCAGACACUUCACUGAUAUCACUGAUGCUCAGUAAAUAUGAAGUAAUGAUGUUGUGGACUGUUUAAUCACCAGCUGCAGAGCCUCCCUGUCCUGGACCGUGCACGAGUGAUGCCAGUUUGUGAUGUUUCCAGUCAGACAAUAGACAAACUGGCAAGAGCUCCACAUGGGAAUUGAACAGAAAUGAUAAAUUACACUGAAAGAUAAAGUUGUAAUGUACAAAUAAAAUCCUGAGACGGGAGGAAAUAACUUUCAUCAGUGCAAUUGUAUUGAGCAACAGUUAAAAAGGUCAAAGUGACCCACAGUGACUGUGCACAAGUCAGCAAUAUCACUGUGUGUGAUACAUGUGAACGAAGGGAAAGUGUGAAAUGCUUUAAAUGAUUUAAAUAUCUUUAUCAUUUAUCAAUAUCAUCACAUACAUUACAGCAUUAUAUGCACAUGUAGUGAUGUGAUGUCAUACAGACUUGCAGGGAGUCAUGUGAAUAAAAAUACUCACGUGAUAUCAGCAGGAAAGCAGAUAAAUUCUUGUGUACGUGAGAAAUAAUAUCUUCAUAGAUGUUCAUAAAAGAGGAAGUCGACGUGGUAUUAAUUACAACAUCUUAACAAGGAACCUGAUGGUGAGUGUCAUGUCAGUCCUGUGUGUGAAUAUGCUGACAGCCAACAUGUUGCUGAGCCUCUUCUUUCUCUCAGGUGCUUUGGCUGAUUGUACUCAGAGGUCAGGCCUCUUCAUCACUGCACCAAAGAAGAUGGAAGCACUGAGUGGAUCUUGUUUGCAAAUCCCAUGUAACUUUAGAUCUAAAUCAGAACAAAAGUUUGACAGCAGCAGAGAAAUCUUUGGAGUGUGGAUUAAAAAUGACUUUAGGUUUAAAGAUUAUCCAGACAAUGUGAUUUUCAACAGCAAGAAGACAAAUAACAUCUAUCCAAUGAAGAUAACUGGAAACCUGAGAGAGAAAAACUGCACCACUUUAUUUUCCACUUUAAUCACUAGUUACACAAACACAUACUACUUCAGGAUUGAGAGCAACUCAUUCAAGGCAACAGCUUCUUGUGAUCCUCUUCAAAUAACAGUUAAAGAUUCUCCUCGUCGCCCCACAAUUGAGAUCUCAGGUGAUCUGAAGGAGAAGGAGUCUGUCACUAUAACCUGCUCAGCUUUCACUCCCUGUCCACACUCCCCUCCUAAACUCACCUGGAAUCUCCAACAAGACUCUCACAACAAAACAGAGGAAAACACAGAUGGAAACUUUACAACUAAAAUCCAGGAGACCAUCACUCUGUCAGAGCAACAUGAUGGAUACAACAUCAGCUGUUCUGCCACAUAUCCUGUGAAUGAAGGAAAAGAUGUCAAGACAGCAGAGGAGACAAAGACUCUCAGUGUUUCAUAUGCUCCUAAAAACACCUCAGUGUCCAUCAGUGCAUCAGCAGGUAGCUGGGUGAACCUGACCUGCUCCAGCAGAGCCAAGCCUCCCGUCAGCAGCUUCAGCUGGUUCAGGACCAGCAAAGAUGGACUGAUGAAAGUAGCUGAAGGACGCUUUUACAGCUUUAAUGUGAAAGAUGUUGGAGAUUAUUACUGUGUUGCCACAAAUGAUCUCGGGAGUCAGAGGUCAUCAGAGAUCCAUCUGACUGAAGAUUCUCCUCGUCGCCCCACAAUUGAGAUCUCAGGUGAUCUGAAGGAGAAGGAGUCUGUCACUAUAACCUGCUCAGCUUUCACUCCCUGUCCACACUCCCCUCCUAAACUCACCUGGAAUCUCCAACAAGACUCUCACAACAAAAUAGAGGAAAACACAGAUGGAACCUUUACAACUAAAAUCCAGGAGACCAUCACUCUGUCAGAGCAACAUGAUGGAUACAACAUCAGCUGUUCUGCCACAUAUCCUGUGAAUGAAGGAAAAGAUGUCAAGACAGCAGAGGAGACAAAGACUCUCAGUGUUUCAUAUGCUCCUAAAAACACCUCAGUGUCCAUCAGUGCAUCAGCAGGUAGCUGGGUGAACCUGACCUGCUCCAGCAGAGCCAAGCCUCCCGUCAGCAGCUUCAGCUGGUUCAGGAUCAGCAAAGAUGGACUGAUGAAAGUAGCUGAAGGACACUUUUACAGCUUUAAUGUGACAGAUGGAGGAGAUUAUUACUGUGUGGCCACAAAUGAUCUCGGUAACCAGACGUCGUCACAGAUCCAUUUGAAUGUUGCAGGGAACUCUGUAGUCUGGGGUUCAGCUCUUGGAGGGAUCGUGGUCGUCAUACUCAUCCUUGCAGUCUGUGUUUGGUGGUUUAAGACUAAAUAUCAAACUACUCAACAAACUGAGAGUCAAAGAGACGACGAGCUGGCUCCUCAGCUACCACCCAGCAUAGCAGAGGAAAACAUCCACUAUGGAGAGAUCGACUUCUCCAAGCGCAGACCUGAACCGUCCUCUGACUCAGUGCAGGACAGUGGACAGCAGCAGGACACAGUGUAUGCACAGGUCAAUGUGUCCAAGCCAGCAAACACCUCCAGACACACUGCUGACGGGCCAGAGGAUCUCUACGCUCACGUGAAGAAAAAAUGAGUAUUGUCUUGAGAUCAUAUUUGACUUGGAUUCAUAAUAUAGAUUCAUUUGUUACGUAUGCAAGAUGUUUUAUGUCACUUAAUGUAGAAAAGACACUGGAGCCUAGAUAAGAACAUGUCAUCUUCACUGCCUACAGUUAAAUAAAGGGAAGCUCUAAACCUCCACACCCUGCAGCUCAGAUGGUUUUGUGGGUUAUCUCAUCAUCAUGAUUUGUAUCCAUGUGCUGACCUCAUGCAGCUGUUACCAGGUGAUUAGUGAUCUGUAGGUCAGAUAUGUACAAGAAAAAGUCACAAAGCUCUAAAUAGACACAAACAUGUAGUGUAGUACAAGAUUACAGUCUAUUUCAUUUCUAAUCUUUGUGUGAUUUAAUGUUUAUGUUAUAUUAGGGUCUGGGGGAAAAAUUGACUCUGAAUGGCUGCUGGGUAUCAAUUAAAUCCUGAUGUAAACUGUAUGUUCACCAUUCUAAGUUAAUACGCUAUAGCCUGUAUAUAAAAUGAGCUUUGGCAUCAGCUGGCUGCAGACACCUCAAUGUUAGAAAUGAAUUCAUUUCAUUAAAUGAAUAAAUGUGACUGUAUUAUUUACAACACAGUGUUAUCCUUCAGUGCAUCAUCCUCUGAGCGCCACAGGAUGGCGCUUGUAACACCAGCUGACUAAACUGUUCAGUGUUCAGUAAUGAGACAGGUGGGUAAUCUGAGUAUGUGCCAACAAACACAUGGACUAUCAUCUGUUAGUGGAAAUCUUCAUGUUGAUCUCUCACAGUCGUUCAGUGUGUUUCAUAAAGCUUUGUGUCUUGGUGUCAGCAGUGAGGACUCUGUAGAUAUUCCUACAAACACAAUAUGUAAAAUAUUUAACCUUCAAUCAUUUCACUGUAUUUGUCAUGUGGAUGCGUGUGUGUGUGUGUGUGUGAGUGUGUGUGUGUGUAGGAUGGUUGUAAUGGUGUAGCUAUUACAGUGGCUGCAUUCACUUGUUGAUGGUUUGUUAUAACUCAUUGUUUUAAGUCUUAGUGAGAAUAAAUCUU